CACUGAGACUCUGCCCUUCUGAGGAGGCCAUGUUUUUGCGUGAUAAAGAAAAAGGGGAAACGGAGAAAAUGGGGUCAACACUCAAGCGAUUCCCUUCACUUUUCUCUCCGUUUUUCUUCUUCAAACCCAUCGGAGUCGCAGGCGGUCCCCAUCAGCACAGGCGGUAGGCAAUCUGGAUCGGAGAAGAAGAUCUGAUGGAGCAAUUCGUCAAUAACAUUAUACGGCCGCCCAGUUGAUCUGGUAUUGAUGAGUUAACCUCUACUGGACUCCAGAGCUGAAUAUGAUCCCACAAAUGAUUUACUAGAUGAAAAGUUCAUGCUUAAAGGAAAAUGGUACCAACGCAAGGAUUUGGAGGUCAAAAACACACGUGGUGAUGUUCUUAAAUGUAGCCAUUACAUGCCAAUCAAAUGCCCUGAAGGAAAGCAGUUGCCAUGCGUUGUAUACUGUCAUGGAAAUAGUGGUUCUAGAGCUGAUGCCAGUGAAGCCGCCAUAGUUUUAUUGCCAUCAAGUAUUACUCUGUUCACUCUAGAUUUUUCUGGAUCUGGAUUGUCUGGGGGAGACCAUGUUACUUUGGGAUGGAAUGAAAAGGAUGAUCUUAAAUCUGUUAUUGAGUACUUAAGGCGUGAUGGAAAUGUAUCCUUAAUUGGUCUGUGGGGUCGAUCAAUGGGUGCUGUUACUUGCCUAAUGUAUGGAGCUCAGGAUCCAUCUAUUGCAGGGAUAGUCUUGGACAGCCCUUUCUCCAACCUGGUUGAUUUAAUGAUGGAAAUUGCAGACGGUAACAGAGUACGGCUUCCCAAGUUCACUCUUAAGUUCGCAAUCAAAUACAUGAGGAGAUCAGUUCUUAAGAAGGCAAAAUUUGACAUAACAGAGUUGGACACAAUCAAGGUAGCUCGGUGCUGCUGUGUUCCUAUGUUGCUAGGUCAUGCUGUUGAUGAUACAUUUAUACAGCCACAUCACUCUGACCGCAUAUUUGAUGCGUAUAUGGGCAAGAAGAAUAUUAUCAAAUUUGAGGGCGACCACAACUCUCCGCGGCCUCUCUCUUACUUUGAUUCUAUAAGAAUCUUCUUCAACAACAUUUUACAACCUCCAGAUACCGAUACAUUUUUUGACAUGUCACCUGAUUAUAUUUGCAAGCAAGGUAACAUAGAUGAUCAUGCCCCCUUGCCUUCAAACCUGAUCAGCUUUGAAUUCUCUAAUGGUGAUCCCUAUGGUCCAACUAUGCCUUCUUCAAUAGAUGAUGAUGAGUAUGUGGAAUAUUCUCUUGAUAGCUUGACAGAUUUAGCAGAGAGCGUGGAGGAAGAAGAUAAGGCAAUGAUGCUGAGAGAUGAGGGAGGGAGGGAGAGUUAGUAGCUGUGUUCAAAAUUUCUUCUACUCUCCACCACUGUAUGAUUUUUUUUCCACCUUUCUGCCUUUUUAAGAGAUUUUUUUUUUUUUGAAAAAAAAAAAGAUAAUCAAGGAAGCAGUAAAGAGCCCAUUCAACAAUUUGGGAACAAGACAUUCUUGCAUUGAGGAGCUUUCAUCAAACAAGAAACAAUUAGAACCACU